AGCUAAUUAGUUUAUGGAUUAAAUUGGUGUAAAUACAUUGCGAAGUGUACAAAAGCUGAUUAAAUCAGCUAUGAAAACUAGGGUUUUGACAGCAUUUCCAAAUCUCCCUCAGAAUAGUUUUGAAAUAUAAUUGGAAUCGAUCUCAAACAACCUGAAUUUUGAGUACAAGACACCCACUGUUAUAAGAAUCUUCAAUCAAUUUAAGAAACAAAAUUUGUUCGGUGGUAAUGAUGAUAACUUAAGAAAAUAUAGAUUUGAAGACAGAGGUGGAAGUGGCAUAAAAAAUAGCAUCUACUGAAUGUCAAGAUAAUGUAAUCUAAAAAGUGGAAGCAAUUGAUAAAGGAUUCUUAACUAUUUAAUUAAAUGAUAAAUUUAUUGAGGAAGAAAUAAAUGCGCUUUUGGUUAAUGGAUUAAAAUUCCCAUUAGAGAAGAAACAAGUAUGAAUUCGUGUCUCACAAUAAUUUAGAAAGUAGUCGUAGAUUUCUCAAGUCCUAAUAUUGCAAAAGAGAUGCAUGUGGGUCAUUUAAGAUCAACUAUCUUGGGAGAAUCAUUGUGCAGAAUAUUAGAAUUCUAAGGAUAAGAAGUAGUGAGAGUUAAUCAUAUUGGUGAUUGGGGAACCUAAUUCGGAAUGCUGAUUAAUCAUUUAUUAGAAGAAUACCCAGAUUAUUAGACUAAUAGACCUGCCCUAAAGGAAUUAGAAGAUUUAUACAAGGAAGCAAAGAAGAAGUUCGACUCUAAUGAGGAAUUUAAAGUUAAGUCUUAAUAAUAUGUUGUAAAAUUGCAGGCAUUGGAUCCAAUAUGCAUAGAUGCUUGGAAAAUGAUAUGCGAAUUAAGUAGAUAGGAAUACAACAAGAUUUAUCAAAGGUUGAAUGUGAAGAUAACCGAAUAUGGAGAGAGUUAUUACAAUCCCAUUCUACCUGAAAUAGUGAAGGAGUGUGAAGCUAAAGGAAUAGUUGAAUUGGAUUAGGGAGCCAAGAUCAUCAGAGUGAAAGGAGAGAAGGUUCCAUUAAUGAUUGUGAAGAAGGAUGGUGGUUAUAAUUACGAUACAACUGACAUGGCUGCAGCUAAAACUCGUAUUUUAGAAUGGAAAUGUGAUAGAUUACUUUAUUUAACUGAUGUAGGAUAAUGGAAUCACUUUAAACUAGUUUUUGAAGGUGCCAAAUUGAUGGGAUGGCAUAAACCACCAGCAACAUCAAUGGAACAUAUGGGAUUUGGUUUAGUAUUGGGUCCUGAUGGCAAGAAGUUUAAGACAAGGUCAGGUGAUACAGUUAAGUUGAUUGAUUUAUUGGAUGAAGCUAAAGAGAGAGCUUUGAAACAAAUUCAAUAAAGGGUUUAAGAAAACUAAUAAGGAAAAGAAUUUUCUACUGGAACAGCCCUUUCUCCAGAAGAAUUCGAGACUGCUGCAGAGAGAAUGGGAAUAGCUGCCAUUAAAUACUAUGACUUAAAGUAGAAUCGUAUAUCUGAUUAUAAUUUCGAUUAUGAUAAGAUGCUUGAUCCAAAGGGUAAUACUGCUGUAUACUUGAUGUAUUCAUAUGUUAGAAUGCUAUCUAUCUUAAGAAAAAGUGGUAUUCAAGACUUUGAGGUUUUUAAGGCUGAUCAUAAAUUCAAAAUCACACAUCAACAUGAAAGACAUUUAGCAGCCUAAUUAUUGCGAUUUGUUGAUGUUCUAUAGUCAGUUACUGAUUAAUUAGCAAUCAAUUGGUUAUGUGAUUAUAUUUAUGACAUUUGUGUGAAAAUUGCAGAGGCUUAUAAUCAAGUACUAUAUUAAAUUUGAAUUUUAGUAUCGUAUAUUGAAUGACGAACACACUCAAACAAGACUGUUAUUGUGUGAGGCAAUCAGGAUGGUGUUGCUGUAAUCUUUCUAUUUGGUUGGAAUUGAACCUAUUGAAAAAAUAUGAGGAAAC